CUAUUGAAUUAUUUGAAUAGAAAGUCUACUUCUACAGUAUAUCUAUCUAUUUAUGCAAUACGUACAAUGAAGCCGCUCAAACGCAUUAUUCAAAUCCUCCAAGCCACCGUCGCCGCCUUCCUCACCGCCGCCCUCCUCCUCCACACCCUCCUCUCCGCCCCCGCCACCAGCCGCCUCAUCCACCUCCUCACCGCUUCCCCGUCCCUCUCCCUCUCCUUUGCGAUGGUAACCCUGCCUCUCCUCUACCUCCUCCUUCGCCGUCACUGCUCCCACCCGCGCAUCUACCUCCUCGACUACUCAUGCUUCAAGCCCAUCCCGGACCGCAAAUGCACACUUGAGGCCUCCGAACGGUUCGUGCGCCGCAGUGGCCUCUUCUCCCCCGAGAGCGUGGCGUUCAUGCAAAGGAUAUUCUCCAAGUCGGGCCUCGGGGAGGAGACUUACGGCCCGCCCUUCGUUUUUGACCCGGACAGCUGUGGGGACCACCGUGCAAGGUUCGACUCUGCGGUGGAGGAGGCUCGAGAAGGUAUCAUAGGGGCCGUGGACCCGCUCCUGCUCAAGACUGGGAUAAGCCCGAAUCAGAUUGACCUGGUGGUAGUGACGUGCGGAGGGUUCUCGCCGUCCCCGUCCCUCUCAUCAUUCGUGGUGAAUCGCUACAAGAUGAGAGACGACGUGAAGACGUAUAACCUGAGUGGAAUGGGGUGCAGCUCUGGUGUUAUCUCAAUCGACUUAGCGGCUCAUCUGCUCCGCAACCAGCAGAGGAAGCCCCAGUAUGCGCUCGUUGUCAUCAUAGAAAGCAUCAGCUUGAAUUGGUAUUUCGGGGAUAACCGCUCGAUGCUCGUCACAAACUGUAUCUUUCGUGUUGGCUGCGCAGCAGCACUGAUAACCAAUGACCCGAGAUGCCACCGGUCUGCCAAGAUGGAACUUAUUCACUCCCUCAGAACCAACGACGGAAGUGACGACCGAGCUUAUCGAGCCGCCAUCCAGGAGGAAGACGAGAAGGGCAACACUGGGAUUGCCCUUACGAAGGACUUGAUCCCGGUUGCAGGGUGGAACCUCCGCCAGCACAUCAAGAUCCUCGGUCCUCGAGUCCUCCCACUAAGGCAGGUCUUCCUGUACGCGUACUCGGUCCUUUCAUCCUGGGCCCUCGGGUCGAAGCCCAUUGUCCCGGACUUCACCACUGCAUUCGAGCACUUCUGUGUUCACACGGGCGGGAAGGCAGUGAUCGAGCAGGUUGGGCGAGUCCUCGGGCUCAGCGAACCAGUGACUGAGCCAGCUCGCAUGACACUGCACCGAUUUGGGAACACAUCGAGCAGCCUCGUGUUCUAUGAAUUGGCCUACAUGGAGGCGAAACAGAGGGUGAGGAGAGGGGACAGGCUGUGGAUGAUCGCCUUCGGGACGGGGUUCAAGGUCGGGAGUCUAGUGUGGAAGUCGCUGAAGGAUUCUUGCUUGGAGGACGAUAAUCCAUGGAGCGAUUGCAUUGAUCGAUACCCGGUUCCUCGGUGAAUAAGUAGAUCCAUCGGAUCAUUCAUGAAAUAAGUUAUAAAAAAAAUUGGAGGAGCUCUUAUAUAGUUGAUAUAUUCAUUUCAAGUUGAUUCAAUUUCUAUCAUCAUCCUUUUUGAGUUUAUGGUUGAACUAUCCUUUUGCAUUAAUCAUUAAUGCGUUCAUUUCUAUCAAAUGUAUAGCAAUUUAUAUCUAAUCUCAGCUUAUUGCAUUCCAUGAUACCAUUC